UUUGCAUCUGCUCUCCCAAGCAAAAUUAAUGCUCUGACAUGAUGAUUUCAACACUAGCGCUGAGGCCCGGCACUAACGACCUGUGGGCAUGUGCAGCCGCCAAGUUAAGCAACGAAGACAGAAGGAACAUCAACUUUAGCUGUCCAGACAAACUCAACAUCUUGUCAGACCUUCUCACGCUUACUGAAACGUCGAGGCGAGAGUGUGUUAAUAAAAGAUGGCGAUAUACCCGAAAGAGUGGAGAGACAAUUGUAUUCAUAGACUUGUUUGGCAAGGUUGUCAAAUGUGUCGAUCUCUUCAAGCAGGUUGGGGAUGCCGCUCUUCAGUAUGACCCAGUCCAUACUGCACUUCCCUGGGCUGGCGUCCGAUUUCUUCUACAGAUUGCGGUCAAUGACUACACGAAAUUUGCCUUUCUAGUCGAUGGCGCAGCUUCAAUAUCUGAAAUCAUCUGUCGCUGUGCCAUUUUUGAACACGUCUGCCUGCAGUCUGCUUCGACCGCAACCGACGAGCUUAAACGAGCCUUGGUUCAGUUGUACGCGGCUAUCAUGAUCUAUCUCUCGAAAGCAAAGAGCUAUUUCGAUCAAAACUCUGCAAAGCGUAUCAUUAAAAGUGGACUCCUUGCAAGUUCAGACCUCGACCCGUACUUUGGCGCCAUUGCCACUGCGCAGGAAACCGUUGAUCGUUGUUUAGCUCUCGUUGGCGUGCAAGAUCAGGUCGAGAGACACACAGAGUUGAAGCGCCUUCUCGAGCAUAUUGAUAGUCCACUAAGACGGCUGACCGAGGAUUUUGGAAGCGUUAAAGACGACUUGGCCCAAGCAAGGACUGGGGUUGAUGAACUGGUCUCCUUUCACAGCGAUGAAAGCCUUCAGAAGAUCUAUAAAUGGCUCUCGCCACUUGCCGGGGAAUUCGAAAAAAAACAACAGGACACUUUUAGCCUCAAGGGCCGACAAGAUAGGCUAGGAUACUGGCUGCUCGGGACGACUGAAUUCAAGAAGUGGAUGAGUAGCACAGGAGAAAUUUUGUGGUGUUGUGGAGAACCUGGUAUCGGCAAGACUGUGCUCGCUUCGUUCGUUAUUGAUUCUUUACAGAGAAAUCGGGAGAACCUUGACAUUGGAAUUGCAUACAUAUACUGUAACUAUAAGGAUGUAUCGAAACAGACACCGGUUAAUCUGGUUGCAAAUCUACUGCACCAGCUUGUCCUUCAGAAACCAAUUCUACAACGAGAAUUGACAGCCUUGCAUAAAGGUCACAGCCGAACCAAUACACGACCAACACAGGGCGAAUGCACAAAACUGGCUCAAGCUGCAGCAGAUUGCUUCUCUAAAGUCUGUAUCGUCAUCGAUGCCUUGGAUGAAUGCCCAGAAGCCGACCAAGCCAGGCAGAGCUUACUGGAAGAAAUCGGAAAGUUGAAACGCGUGAGUGUCUUAAUCACCUCUCGGAAUAUACCAAUUGAGAGUGAGCUGCGAAAUGCUACUCGUCUGGAUGUGCGAGCCGAUGAUUCAGAUAUAAAAAAAUAUCUUGAAGAGCGCAUGUCAAGAUCAAAUCGAAUAAAAAGGUUCGCUGAAAAGGAUGCAACCUUAUGUGAAGUUAUCAAACAUACUAUCCUUGGAAAGGCUAAAGGGAUGUUUCUACUGGCUUUCCUGUAUCUGGAGUCGUUAAUAAGCAAGACCAAUUCACGUAGCCUUAAAGAGGCUCUAAAUUCUUUGCCAGAAGGAUUGGAUGCAACAUACGAUGGAGCUAUGGAGAGAAUCAGGGCCCAGAGCUCCGACGAGUUUGAGCUAGCUAGAAAGGUUUUAUACUGGAUCAGCUAUUCCUACAGACCGUUGGCAGUAAGGGAAAUCCAAAACGCGCUAGCGAUUAGGCCUGGUGACCAUAACCUGGAUGAAGAUGGCUUUCCAGAUGAAGAGAUAUUACUCUCUGUUUGCGCUGGCUUAGUCACUAUUCAACGGGAAAGCCAGACAAUCAUUUUGGUACAUCAUACAGCCGAAGAAUACUUCAAGCGCCAAGGCCUCAAACAUUUCCCACACGCCCAGGCAGACAUAGCGACCAUUUGUUUGACGUACCUAUCGUUCGAUAUCUUUAAGGAAGGUCCUUGCGCCAGUGACGAGGAGUUAGAGAAGCGACUCCAAACGUACCCAUUCCUUAAAUAUGCAGCUAUGUAUUGGGGAAAUCACUUCAGCCAGGAUCUCGCAGAAAGCACGAAAGACUUAGUGCUAGGUUUUCUCGAGGAAGAUUCGAAAGUCUCCUGCUCUAUUCAAAUCAUCCAUCAGGACAUCCGCAAGCCACCUGAUUAUGGCUGGCUGCUUAUUUUGGCUUGA